UCGUAGUUUAUUGUGGGGAGAAAUAUUAGGAAGAGAUACGAAAAUAUGCCUUAAUUUUCUUAACCAAUUACAAAUGCUAUGAAUAUCAAAGGAACCCUCCAUGUAACCUUGUUGGACAAAGUAAACAAUAGUUUUUUGUUCGAUUAUAAACUUCCCAUAAUGAAGUCCAGCAUAUGAAAAAGAUGAGUGGCGUGCUAAUCAAGACCAAAUUAUUGUUAUCGGUUCAGCUAUGUUUUUUGUGCUUUGUUUGCUUUCAACUGAAAACUACGCUUGGAGGAUGGACACUUUAGUUUUCACCAAAAACUGAAAGGAGUUUGCAAUCCGUUUGUCCAACAACACGAGAGUGUCGCCCAGUUAGUUGUUGUUUUACUUUCUAAUAUCGAUCUAGAUCUAGAGAGGUAAACAAUAAUCAACGCGUUCGCACAUGCGCACAUACAUAUGUACAGUAUUUGUAAACAUGUACGUUUGGAGCCUAUGUCUAUUGAGCAUGACCGCCAAAGAAAACAAGUCAAACCAGUGCUGAUGUACCUGUAACUGUGCCUAGUCGCUUGUUUAUGUAUGCAUGUAUGUAUAUCACAUAUCCAGUUGCGGAGUCUUCUACAGAUGUUACUAUUACUAGUAUUUUAUUAUUAUACUCUGUCGAUGAAUGCAAGCAACCCCACUACACCGCAUAGGUGAUCGCCAUUCCCAUACAGCUGUGAGACUCCAAAGUUGAAAAGACAGCUCAAUAAGAAACAGUUUUAUUCCAACAUUCAACCGUGUCACGCGAAACUCUCUCAAAACAACUGGGCUUGACACAGCGUUUGCAGGCAUUUCCUUCUUUUCCGUUCGUCGCAAGCUGCUGGCGAAUAACUUCAUUCAUUCUUACCAACUAAGAAGGCAGAGCAAGCGCAGACAGAGACAUUGUUGGGAAUAAAUGAGAAUACACAAUCAAAGAAUCGCUAAAUAGUAAAAAGAGUAUGUAUUGAAUACAAAACAAAAAAAGCGAUUGGCCAAACCACAUUCCAAAGCAACGACGACCAGAGUGGUGUUGGCCAUUAUCUCCGUCGUACAGGCAAGAAAGAAAGUUGGUCGUAUAAAGUGGGAUUUUUUUUCUGCCCUCAGACUAAACAAAAGGUGCUUAGAAGAAGCGAAUAAAGAUGCCUCUGACAAAUAGUUUGCCAUCGAUUGAACAAAAGCUACUGAGUGUAUUGGCGGGACAAGACUUGGGUGAUAUUACACAGGAAUUGUGUGACUUCUCUUUGGAGGAACAGAAUGCAACCGCCGAAGCUCAGGGCAUCCAGCCAACAGCUGCAUCCGAUUUCAUUCCCGUUCUGGGCAAGACAGUAACCUAUAUUGUGGCAUGCGUUUUGUUCAAUGAAAAUAACGAGGUUCUGGCCAUGCAAGAAGCAAAACAAUCAUGUGCAGGUAAAUGGUACUUACCAGCAGGGCGUAUGGAAAAGAACGAAUCGAUAUGCGAGGCCGCCAUUAGAGAGGUGUUUGAGGAAACAGGUCUAAACUGCAAAAUAACCACCCUCUUGGCCAUUGAGGCGGCAGGAGGUUCCUGGUUUCGCUUUGUUUUAACGGGAACAAUUACAGGAGGAGUUCUUAAAACACCAGCCCAAGCUGAUAGCGAAUCUCUGCAGGCGAAAUGGGUGAAAAAUAUACAAGAGCUGCCUCUAAGGGCUAAUGACAUACUCAAUAUUGUGGAAAUCGGAAAAUCCUACACAAAUCGAGACCAUUCUCCAGCGUUGUGGCACAACGAGAUACUGCCCACGAAGUACUCACACCACAAAAACUAUUUAAGAGUGGUAGCUGUCAUUCGAAAACGAGCCACCAAUGCCUUGAACGUGCUUGUAAGCGAGAAAAACGUACAUCAUUUCCCCACAGUGGAGGUUCAUCCGCAGCGCAGCUUACAUUCCACAUUGCGAAAAUUUAUGGUAGAACUUUUCGGUGCCGAGCUACCACAACAUCGUCCCCAUGGCAUUCUAAGUGUAGAACACUGUCCUUCGGCGCCACCGCACACAACCGACGGAAUCUGUUUGAAUGUGCUUGUGGUCUUCCGCCCACCAUUGGAAGAAGUCGCCCUCAUUGGCAAAUGCACUUGGCAUGAGUUGAGCAAAACACUGGAGGAGAAACUUGGUCGAAUUCUCUCCAGCAAACACUCGGCGAUUCCAUUGAACGUUAUUCGAUAGAUUGAGAUCAGUUUUUGGUUGAUUGGUUGAUCGCCUUGUUUUUAGUUUUUUUUUUCUGUGUAAAUACUGGGCAAAAUACGUUGUUGUAUAUUUUUAUAAAUCUUUGUUCCACAUAAUAAUAGUGUCACAAUUAACCCAAAGACAGCAGCAGCGAGAGAGCUGUUUGCCCACUGUAAAAAGCAGCGUUAGCGACUCGCGAUUGCGAUUGCCCAAAGUCAGCGAGGGAGGAAAGCAG